AUGGCUACCAAUAAUCCACGGGAUUACUCGCCUUCGAGCGAGGAGAAAGCAUACGAACCAAAUCCUGCCUUUGAGCAAGAGCGAACAAAUUCGCAAAAUGUGGGUGAAGAUGAUGAUCCAAAUCACCAUCUUCAUCGUGGUUUAAAAUCUCGACAAAUCACGAUGAUAGCAAUCGGUGGUGCCAUUGGAACUGGAUUAAUCAUUGGAACGGGAAAAGCGCUUGCACAGGCAGGUCCAGCGCCACUUCUGAUAGGCUAUUCGAUUGUUGGAAUACUGUGUUUUUUGGUCAUGGCGGCUCUUGGUGAGAUGGCUGCUUGGUUGCCUUUAGCGAGUGGAUUUACGGGUUAUGCUACCAGAUUUGUUGAUCCGGCUUUAGGAUUCUGUUUAGGAUGGAAUUAUUGGUUCAAAUACAUCAUCGUCACCCCUAAUAAUCUCACAGCUGCAUCUUUGGUCAUACAGUACUGGCUACCGAGAGACAAAGUUAAUCCUGGUGUUUGGAUUGCCAUAUUCUUAGUUGCCAUUGUAGCCAUCAAUUAUUUUGGUGUAAAAUUCUUUGGAGAAUUCGAAUUUUGGUUGUCAAGUAUCAAAGUGGUUGUAAUUAUGGGCCUCAUUAUCCUUAGUCUCGUCCUUGUAUGCGGAGGAGGACCUGAUCAUCAAGCUACUGGAUUCAAGUACUGGAGUAAUCCUGGAGCAUUUCAUGAGUACAUUUUAACUGGAAAUGCUGGCCGAUUUCUUGCCGUCUGGUCUACGUUCACCACCGCCGUCUUUGCAUUCCUAGGCACGGAACUCGUCGGCGUGACAGUAGGAGAAGCUGCCAACCCGCGCAGAGUAAUCCCCAAAGCCAUCAAAAUGACUUUCUACCGGAUUGUCAUCUUCUACGUCGUUCUCGUUUUCUUUCUCGGCAUGCUCGUUCCCUACAACUCUCAACUCCUGAUAGACAGCAACAAAAAGAGCAACAAUGCCUCUGCCUCACCCUUCGUCGUCGCCAUCAAAAUAAGCGGCAUCCAAGCCCUCCCCGCCAUCUUCAACGCCUGUAUUUUGAUCUUCGUCUUCUCAGCCGCAAAUUCGGAUCUCUACAUCGCCUCCCGCACACUCUACGGUCUCGCCUCGGAGGGAAAAGCUUUCAGAAUCUUCACCCGUACUGAUAAACGCGGCGUUCCCAUUUAUGCACUGGGACUGAGUACUGCAUUCUGUCUCCUGGCCUUCUUGGGUGUCAACACCGCUUCCUACGUCGUGUUCAACUAUUUCGUCAAUCUCGUCACCAUGUUUGGUCUGCUGACCUGGAUCUCCAUCCUCAUCUCACACAUCUACUUUGUGCGCGCGCGUCGCGCCCAAGGAAUCAACAACGAACAACUAGCAUAUGUCGCUCCCCUCGGCAUCUGGGGUUCCUACGGCGCACUCUUCUUCUGCAUCCUGAUAGCCAUUUUCAAAGGCUUCGCACUCUUCUGCUUCAAGAAAACCGCAGCCAAGGGCACCAAGCCCGUCUUCGAUUAUUCUACCUUCAUCACCACGUAUCUGGGUAUCCCGUUGUACAUCAUCAUGUUUUUCGGAUAUAAAAUCGUCAUGAGGACCAAGGUGUUGAAACCUGAAGAAGCGGAUCUCUUUAGUGGGAAGGAUAAGAUUGAUGCGCAGGAACGGGAAUUUUUGGCGCAGGAAGCGGCGAGAAAGGGUAGUAAUGAGGAGACGAGGAAGGAGAGGAUUUAUAGGUUGACGCUUGGAUGGGCGUUUUGA